AUCGCAAUCGGAAACUAUGGACGCAUUACAAGCCAUGAAUGAGGCGCCACUUAAGGCCGUAUUUUUGGGACAUUUUAUGUUAAUUAGUUGGUGUCUUGUGGGCAGUUGGCUACCGAAUUCAUUUCUGUUUUACAACACGUUUUUUAUGAUAUGCCUGCUGUGGUCAAUGCACGCGCGUGAUAAUCACGAGCCGCUACUAUUGGCCAUUUUGAUUAAUAUAUUGUCUAUUGUUAUCGAUGCCAUCUCUAUCGGUAUCUACUACGAGCCCAACCAUGCACCGUGGUUUGGCUUUAGUCUAUUUAUGGCCAUAACUAAUCUAUUAUUACGACCGAUCACAUCACUGGUUAUGUUGCGCGUGUUUAACGAGCGUAGUGGCCGAUACUCGACGUUUGGCUUUCCCGGUUUGGGUAGUGUUAAUCCCAGUGCCGCCAAUGCCGGCAGCGGUGUGUUUGGAAGCACUGGUGGUAUCGGUGGCGGCGGACCCGGUCGGGGAUCAUACGAAAAUAUUGAUGGCCAAAAUCGUGUGCCCCACCAAUCUGUGCCGAGUCCUAUACAUGAUGUGGAGGCUAAUAAUCAAUAUAAGUGAACCACUUUAUGUAGCACCAGGGUUCAUUAAUAUAUAGAAUUUAUUAUUAAUUAAUCUCUAUAACCACAACCACUACCCCAUAUGGUUAACCCACUCUUUAAUAAAUUAAAUUAAGAGAGUGUUUGAAACUUUAUGUACGAAAAAAUAAGUGAUCUUCCAAUUGAUGCUUAAAACUAAAAUAAUUUUAUUUAAAUACUAUUUUGUAAAUUAUAUUUUUAUUA